CCGGUUGAAGGGACGCAUGAGCUCACGCGGACUGUCUCUGGGAGUGCUGAGUCGAAUAUCCUCUUUGGCGUCUCCACCGAUAGAAACCGGCCGCUAUAUUUCACCUAGGUCGGGUUGAAAACAUUCCUCCUCGAGUUGGGACGCUCUCUAUCAUUCCAAGGUGUGGCCUGAACACCGGGAUUUGGGUGGACACUUAACGUAGCCCAAGAACGGCGUUGCUCAAAUCUCACUAUAGUGAAAAAUUCAAAACCCACGAUGGACUCGAGAGACACUGCCCCUGAUUCUUGGGAACAAGAGGACGAUGGGGAGGCCACAAUCGACGGGCAGCUUGAAUCUGCUUUCACAAGCUUAAAUGUGAACGCUAAACCAUUUGUUCCCAAUGUGAACGCCGCCGAAUUUGUCCCGACGUUUGCCAUGAAAGCACACUCUGAAAAUCUCGAUUCAAUGGUUGCUGUUGAAAAAAUAGCCACCAUGGAGGUGACAGAAAGCGCUGCUCCGUUGGAGAAUGGUGACACAGAAAUGACGCCAGAGGAACCAUGGGACCAGAAAGAAGCUGAACCAAACGAGGAAGAGCCAGGAGGUGGGUGCCGUGGCGACUGUGGGCCUGAGGUGUUAGCAACAACUGAGGAGACGGGGUCAGAGAUGGUGGAAGAGGAAGAGGAAAUGCCUGCACCCAAGGUUCCCCCUAUGCAGCCAGAUGCCCCCAAGAAGGAACACAUCAAUGUUGUGUUCAUCGGACAUGUAGAUGCUGGAAAGUCCACUAUUGGCGGACAAAUCAUGUAUCUUACAGGCAUGGUAGAUAAGAGAACCUUAGAGAAGUAUGAGAGAGAAGCAAAGGAGAAGAACCGAGAAACCUGGUAUCUGUCUUGGGCCUUGGACACCAAUCAAGAGGAGCGGGACAAAGGCAAGACGGUAGAAGUGGGCCGAGCAUACUUUGAAACAGACAAAAAGCACUUUACCAUCUUAGAUGCCCCAGGCCACAAGAGCUUUGUGCCGAACAUGAUUGGAGGUGCAUCACAAGCUGACCUGGCUGUGCUGGUGAUCUCUGCCAGGAAAGGCGAGUUUGAAACAGGUUUUGAAAAGGGUGGACAGACACGGGAGCACGCCAUGUUGGCCAAAACAGCAGGUGUCAAGCACCUGAUUGUUUUGGUGAAUAAAAUGGAUGACGCUACAGUCAACUGGAGCCUAGAAAGGUAUGAAGAGUGUAAGGAGAAACUAGUGCCAUUUUUGAAGAAGGUGGGCUUCAACCCAAAGAAAGACAUUCAUUUCAUGCCAUGUUCGGGGUUAACAGGAGCAAACCUGAAGGAACCCACUGACAUGUGCUCCUGGUACACAGGUUUACCAUUCAUUCCACACCUGGACAGUUUGCCAAAUUUUAACAGAUCAAGUGAUGGCCCUAUCAGAUUGCCCAUUGUAGACAAAUACAAGGACAUGGGCACUGUGAUUCUAGGCAAACUUGAGUCAGGCUCAAUCAGUAAAGCACAACAGCUUGUUAUGAUGCCAAAUAGGCAUGUGGUUGAGGUGUUGAGCCUCUUAUCUGAUGACGUGGAAACAGACGAUGCAGGACCUGGUGAAAAUCUAAAGUUGAGACUUAAGGGCAUUGAAGAGGAGGAGAUCCUUCCUGGUUUUAUCCUGUGUAAUGCGGAGAACCUCUGCCAUUCUGGGCGCACCUUUGAUGCCCAAAUUGUCAUCAUUGAACACAAAUCCAUCAUCUGUCCUGGUUAUAACGCAGUCCUUCACAUUCACACGUGCAUUGAAGAGGUGCAGAUUACGGCCUUGAUCUGUCUGGUAGACAAAAAGUCAGGAGAGAAGAGUAAGACACGGCCGAGAUUUGUUAAACAAGACCAGGUCUGCAUCGCACGUCUGCGCACGGCAGGAACCAUUUGCCUCGAAACCUUUAAAGAUUUUCCUCAGAUGGGACGGUUUACCUUGCGGGAUGAAGGUAAGACCAUCGCCAUUGGUAAGGUUCUGAAGCUGGUUGCAGAGCGGGACUAAAAACGCAGCUGCUGAAAAAAAUCCAGGUCGGAAGGAAAAGGUGGAGCUCGGUCAUAACCCGCCCAAUGUUGUCAGCGGCAAAGGCACCUCCUCCCUCUGACACCUACCUUGUGUGUGUUGAAGAUCAGCUUCAGGAGAGAAAAAAAACGUGAUUAAAAAGAAUCGGUUUUUAAGUCAGUGAAAUCCUAGAAAUCUACUCGAGUCAGCUUUCUCAUAUUGAGAGCUCAGCUAUGCCAUUUCUGGGUUAGCCCGCCCUCCACCUCUCCCCAACACCCUAGUCUGGUCAGUUUGAGGUUUUUUUCUUUUUCUUUUCCUAUUCUAUUUGGUUUUCUUGCUUUCAUAAAUGACAAAUGACAGAAGUUAAAUCUGUGAACAAAUGUGGACCAAGAUUUUUGCUUGGAGUGUGAUUUCAGAAAUGCGCUGCAAAAAGAAAUAAUCUCAAAGAAUUUCACCAAUUCAGACCAAAAUGUUUAUCAUGGGUGUAAAUGACUCCCUUUGCUUUUACCCAGUUUUUGGUUUCUCGUGUGGCGUUCUGGCUGUCUGCUUGAGCGUGCUCAAAUGUUAUUAAAGCAAACAACUAUGACAAUAAAAUUGUUGGGAAAAACACUUCUCCUUUAA